GUUCGUUUUAAAAAUCUAGCCUCCAGGCCAUAUUCUCUUCAUGCUCAUGGGCUUUCCUAUGACAAAUCAUCAGAGGGAAAGAGCUAUGAAGAUGAUUCCCCAGAAUGGUAUCAGGAUGACAACGCUGUUCAGCCCAAUGGCAGUUACACCUACGUAUGGCAUGCCACAGAACGAUCUGGCCCAGAAAAUCCUGGUUCUGCCUGCCGAGCUUGGGUCUACUAUUCAGCUGUAAAUCCGGAAAAAGAUAUCCAUUCAGGACUAAUAGGCCCCCUUCUGAUCUGCCGAAAAGGAACACUCCAUAAAGAAAGCAACAGGCCUGUCGACAUGCGAGAGUUUGUCCUACUUUUUAUGAUCUUUGAUGAAAAGAAGAGCUGGUAUUUUGAAAAAAAGCCCAAAAGGAUCUGGACAGGCUUAUCCUCAGAAGGGAAAAACACUCACAGGUUUCAUG